GGGAAUUUAUUUGUCCACAGGCGCGGCUGGCCUGCAGUCCAUUGCCUUCCAGGGGCCAAGAGCUGCUCUGACCACCCAAGGAUCCUCUCUCCCAACCCAAGUCCUCCAACUGAUGUCCAACUGCUGCCCUCUGGCCCCACCUGCCCUGCCCUGCUCUUCCUAAGGGGCCAGGAAGCCCCCAGAAGCUCCACUGUCGACCUGAGUGUUGGCGCCCCGCUCACCCUGAGAGCGGAGGCCACACAGGGGGCUCAGUUCUGAGCCCCAGCCAGGCCCACCAUGGCACGGCGGCUCCAGGAUGAGCUGGCUGCCUUCUUCUUUGAGUACGACACUCCCCGAAUGGUGCUCGUGCGCAACAAGAAGGUGGGCGUUGUCUUCCGACUGAUCCAGCUCGUGGUUCUGGUCUACGUCAUCGGGUGGGUGUUUGUCUACGAGAAGGGCUACCAGACGUCCAGUGGCCUCAUCAGCAGCGUAUCUGUGAAGCUCAAGGGCCUGGCGGUGACCCGGCUCCCGGGCCUCGGCCCCCAGGUCUGGGACGUGGCUGACUACGUCUUCCCCACCCAGGGAGACGGCUCCUUUGUGGUCAUGACCAACUUCAUCGUGACGCCACAUCAGUUUCAAGGCCACUGCGCAGAGCACCCGGAGGGGGGCCUGUGCAGGGAUGACAGUGGCUGCACCCCUGGGAAGGCAGAAAGGAAGGCCCAAGGCAUCCGCACGGGCAAGUGUGUGGCCUUCAAUGACACUGUGCAGACAUGUGAGAUCUUCGGCUGGUGCCCCGUGGAAGUGGAUGACAAUGUCCCGCGCCCUGCCCUUCUGCGAGAGGCCGAGAACUUCACUCUCUUCAUCAAGAACAGCAUCAGCUUUCCACGCUUCAAGGUCAACAGGCGCAACCUGGUGGAGGAGGUGGAUGCUGCCUACAUGAGGACGUGCCUCUAUCACAAGACCCUGCACCCUCUGUGCCCUGUCUUUAAGCUGGGCUAUGUGGUGCAAGAGUCGGGCCAGGAUUUUAGCGCCCUGGCUGAGAAGGGUGGAGUGGUCGGCAUCACUAUCGACUGGCACUGUGACCUGGACUGGCAUGUGCGACACUGCAAACCCAUCUACCAAUUCCAUGGGCUGUAUGAGGAGAAAAAUCUGUCUCGAGGCUUCAACUUCAGGUUUGCCAGGCACUUCAUGGAGAACAGGACCAACUACCGUCACCUCUUCAAAGUGUUUGGGAUUCGCUUUGACAUCCUGGUGGAUGGCAAGGCAGGGAAGUUUGAUAUCAUCCCCACAAUGACCACCAUCGGCUCUGGGAUUGGCAUUUUUGGGGUGGCUACGGUUCUCUGUGACCUGCUGUUGCUCCACAUCCUGCCCAAGAGGCACUACUACAAGCAGAAGAAGUUCAAAUACGCAGAGGACAUGGGGCCAGGGGUGGGCGAGCGAGACCAUGCAGCCACGAGCUCCACCCUGGGCCUGCAGGAGAACAUGAAGACAUCCUAACCCUCCAGCCCUGGCUCCUGGCUGGAUGCAGUGCGAGGCUUCAGGCUGG